AUGCAAUUCGGUCUCAAGUUCUUCACUCUGCUUGCUCUUGUUGCGCUUGUUGGCUCUACUGUAGGACAACCUGUGGCCAAUGCGGAAGCUGCUGGUGAAACUCUCUUGGUAAAACGAUGGAACCAAUGGAACACAGCCUGGGGCCGAAAUGUGUUUCUCCGAAAUCAACACUGGGCAGUGGGCACUCAAGCAAUCCCAUGGGCACUCGGGUUGAUAAACAAACAACCUGUCGGUUGGCACAAUGGGGGGUGGUACAGUGUACCCCUAAACGUGUUCCCCAAUGGUGUGCUGCCUACGAACCCCGUUCUCCCAAACUUCGGUUCCUUCAUUAACAGCGGCCCCCCAGCCGGCUGGUUCUAA